AUGAAUUGUCGUACCCUGGUUUCGCUGUGCCACGUCAAGCCAAAAUUAAGGCUUACCGUGCAGCACAAACUGAAAUGCAAGUUCUUUUCGAUCCUCAAAAUGGAUGAUCAAAAUGGCGACAGAAAAAUUCAAAAAGCCGCCGAAUUCAAGCAAGUUUUGGAGCCGGCCCAGUUUGCCCUGCUGCAUCGCAUGGGCAUUUAUGAUUCUAUUGAUCACUUUCUUGCAAGGUCUGCACUGGACCACAUUGCCUUUAUUCCUGGAAGGGCGUCGGCAUCAGAGGCCGCGGAUCGCUUUAAUGGCCUUCUCUUCAUCGGUAUUGCAAGUCCCUAA